CUGAGCGCCCAACACAUGCGCGUUGCUAAUGACACGACAUCUGUAAACAAACCGCAGCCGUGUCGGCAUGACCCAGUUUUACACAUACCUGGACGUAGCCAUGUUUUGAUAAAUUACAGGAUCUUACUUCCAUCUUUGUACCCACGUGACGUCAUCGCCCGCAUGAUGUCAAACAAAGGUCUCGUUCUGACUGGUACAAGGCCACCAUCCGUGAAGGACUUCCGGCCGCGCACGGCUCCAAGCGUCCGUGGUCAAUAUGGGUACCAUACAAUAGGAAUCAAAUCCAAUGUGGAUGAAACUUUGUUCAAAUCACAUAACCCUGGUCGGCUGUCAGAAGAAAUCAACUUCCAGCCUCCCUGGUCAUAUAAAAAGAAGACCCCGGAGGAACAACUGAUGAAACCUAAAGGGAGACCACUCUUGUGGGCACCGCAGCCGUCAGUGAGCCUAGACGGUAACAUAGUAUCAAACCACUGCGGUAUUAAAACCAAAAAUAUAAAUUCCAUCUCAACGCAGAGCAAGCACAAGCUGUGGAAACACACGCCUACUUUCGUUGACGAAUCGCUGUUUGGUCCUCGUCUAGAGGAGCCCAGUUUUGAAGCUCCUUGGGGAGAAAAGAAGGCGAAGGUUCGGCCAUACUUUUGGGUCCCGGAUCCUUCUCUGUACGAUGACCUCGAAAACACGGAAGCUGUAAAAAAGACGCGCUACAGAGUGAGGGUUCGACCAAAAACAGCUCAGGGCACACGGAGCGGAAAUGGGCUUGGAAAUCCUAGACCGAUUUGGAAGCCAUGAACCUUAUGUAGGACUGUUUUGAACAGUGUCAGACAUCGUACACAAAGACACUACAUGUUGUCCCUGGAAGACAUCAGUAUUCCGUUAAUCUAGCUCAAAAUGAAAAGAAGACCGGCUAGAAAUCGCGUCCUAAGAGUAUCUUCCUUCCGGACACUAACUUAAUGUAUUACUGGAUGUGCAAAGGGAUAUCCAUUGGAGUCCAUCUUUAAGGUGGACUCAGUAUACGCAGGACUGGUGAAUACUCCAGAUAUGUUGAACUUGAAGACAUAUAGUCAUCACCCGCAUUACAUUCUUGAUGUUGUCUUACAUGUCUGCAGAUCACUGUAUAUUCAAUUCGCAUUCUUAGUCUACUUGGGGACCGCCUCCGUGGUGUAGUGGUUAGAGCGUCCGCCUGGAGAGCGGAAGGUCGCGGGUUCGAUUCCCCGACCACGUCAUACCAAAAGACGUUAAAAUAUGGUACUUGCUAAUUAAUAAAAAGUAUUGAAAAUCAAUAUGAAGUUGUAGUUAUGGUAAGGUAGAUAUGGUUUCAUCUUGUAAAAAGUGGGGGGCUAACACCCCCCCCCCCCCCACCCACUGAAGGCCCGGAUUCGAUUCCCACGUGGGUGGUGCGCCUGUAAUACCGCCUGUAGUGAUAUUACUGGAAUAUUGACAAGAGCAUGCGUAAUACCACACUCAUUCACUCAGUGGGGAGCUCGUGUUGUCAUGACACCGUUGUGGUAGGUUGACAGUUUGCAUGAGGUCUGUGAAAAUAGUUCCGAAAUGAUGUUGAUCUUGCCAAACCCUAAGUUGCCGCACUCAGCAACAUUCCAGCUAUAUGACGUAGUCUGUAAAUAAUCAAGUCCGAUCAGACGAUCCAGUGAUUCAUGUGUCCUCAGUGUAUAUGUUGACCUGCCAUUGACUAUGCGAGACUCACUACCAGAUCCAUUUGAUCUCUUCUUACGACCAGUCUCUAAUUCUAAUUUGUCAGAUACGUUGAACUUUCCAAAUGUUGUGAGAAUUCGCUGCAUGUAAGAUAUCUUCAGAAUUCAACUCACUUGGAAAAUUCUACUGAAUGGUUUAAAUUUUCAAGAUAAAGUAAUUUCUGAUUGGCGGGUAAAAAACCUAGUGUUUUCUACAGUAUUAUGAUUGAAAGAUGGUGCUGUGAAUUGUGGUCCACGACUAACAAAAUGUGUUUAUAAUGUAACGGAUUGUUUGCGUUGCAAGUGUAAAUUCUUUGCAAUAUCUUCAUGUAGCAAUUUAUAAAUGUUGAGAAGAAUAGAACUUUUUCUUGAAUGAAUGUAUUCAUAUGCUCUAAUGUAUACGCAUUCACGUCAUCAUCCACAUGUUACGUUUUUUUCAUUUAAAAAGUCGAUCAUUUCCCUGCCAUGGGCCGAGAUGAUGAUUAUCAUACUUAUCAGAGAACAAUAACAAUUAUAUUAUUGUUAUGUCUUUUGAAACGCAAAAGUUAAGUCAUUUCCUUUUCCAGUUGAUUGUUCUGUAUUUUUUUGUGUAUAGAAUACACAAGUAAAAUGUUGAUUAUUAAAUAUGAUACAACAGAC